CAUCUUCAGGACAUGUACAGCUUCAUUUAUCACAGUCAAGGCUGGGAAUCGGACUGUGGUUCAAGUGUUUCAAGUACCAAUGAGCCACCCCCUUCACCACUGCUAGAGAGAAAAUCGAAGAAGAACCUGAGUCUUCUGCAGAAAGCUAUAUCUAAAGGUAAGAAAAAAGAGCGCCUUUUUCAGUUCCUUUAUGAAAUGCUGCAGAAGCCAGAGAUGAGGAAUUGCAUUUGGUGGGUACAAUCUUCCAGUGGAACUUUUCAGUUCUCAUCACAGAACAAAGAGAAGCUGGCAAGAGAGUGGGGUAUGCGGAAGGGUAACAGAAAGAUCAUGACAUAUCAGAAAAUGGCACGGGCACUCCGAAAUUACUCACGCACUGGAGAGAUCUGCAAAGUAAAAAGAAAGCUGACAUAUCAGUUCAAUGAACUUGUUCUUAACAGUCUUCAAAAUGCUGUCAAGACAACACUUAAAUAUUAACUUUCAAAAAUCUUAAAACUUUUGCAUUGUCAGA